AUGGCGGCUUUCUCGGAAUUAUCAUUCGGAGCGCUCCAAAACUUCUCAGGAUGCGUGGCUAUGCUCGUGAUAGCAAUCAUUUUUAUUGCUUUGCGCUUUUACGUGCGGUCUACUCUCCGCCAGCCUCCUUAUUUGACGGACUGGCUGUGCUUAGUGUCAUAUCUCGUUUUUGUUGCCUACGCCGCCGUCAUCUUCAAUCAUAUUUUCAAUGUAUCAAAGACCGGUGCAUUUGAGGGGAGCGGCAUCAUUUCCGGAGGCUCAGAUAUUGGCAUGUCUGAAGCCAAGGCAUUCAUGAAGGCAAACAUUACCAUUGUCAAACUCAGCAUCCUCGCCUUCUACUGGACACUAUUCGGCGUGGAAAAGGCUCAGAAAAGGAUCAUCUGGACCAGCACGGCCAUAUGUCUGGUAUGGUGGAUCGUCUUCACCUUCCUAAUCAUCUUUCAAUGCAGGCCCAUCAACUACCUAUGGGACACAUUCGGACAAGCAGAUACUUGCAUAUCCACGCCCAAGCUACUGCUUGCUGUUGAAUUAACUAAUCUCUUCAUUGAUGUCGGCAUUCUUUUAAUCCCAGUCUAUGCCGUAAGACACCUACGGUUAGAUAGGAAUCGCAAGUUUUCCUUGUUGGGAAUUUUUCUGCUGGGUGCUGCGGUCUGCGUGACAAGCAUUGUCCGUGUCACUGCUAUAUGGAAUCCACCAAAUGUGAUGGCUAACUUCCAAUUCGCCAAGACGGUGUUGUGCUCUACUCUGCAGCUCGGCAUGGCCAUUAUCUGCGGUUGCGUACCAACACUAGGGCCAUUAUUCACCAGCGCAGGCACACGAGCUCGAAGCUGGUAUGAUUCAGCGGUAACGAGACAUGCAGCUACGUCCUCGAGUUACAAAAUGACGGAUGGUCCGGGCGGAUUAGACCGGCCGUGGGCUGACGUUGGCGGUAGCCAGUACCGUAACACAACGAGGAGCUGGGCAGGGCGCGAAGAUGAGAGCUCCGACUCGAUGCAUCGCUUUGAUCCGUUGCCGCCAUCCAAGAUACGGGUGCAAAGAUCUAUCGAGAUAGCAUGA